GCCUCGUCUCUGUCGCAAUCUCAUCCGGAACCACGCCCGAGCACCACCACCUCCGCCACCACCAUCCGAGAAACCUGUCGGGAUGAGCAUCCAGAAAUUGUCCAGAGAGGCCGAGCGGCGGAUUGCCUCGGCCCAGGUCGCCGUCACCCCCGAGGCCGCCAUCAAGGAGCUCGUUGAAAAUUCUCUGGAUGCGGGAGCAGACAACAUCCAAAUCACGGCGACCGGCGGCGGCCUGACUCAGAUCUUGGUCAAGGAUACUGGCAGAGGCAUCCCGGCCGAAGACGCCAAGUUCAUGGCGAUGCGACACUACACUUCCAAGAUCCACGACUUUGAGGAUAUCGAGAGUGUGAGCACAUAUGGGUUUCGAGGCGAAGCAUUGAACAGCAUCUGCGCCAACUCGCAAAGCGUUGUGGUGUCAACCCGGAUGGCCGAGGAGAUCGUGGGGCGAGUGUAUGCUCUGGACGCUGCAGGCAGCAUCACAAGCGAGCGACCUCUGGGCAUUCCAGUCGGAACCAGCGUCACCGUCAACAAGCUCUUCUGCAACAUGCCUGUUCGCCGACAGAACGCUCUCAAGGCCGUUGGCAGCACCAACAAGAAGAUUCUCGACUUGGUGUCCAGUUAUGCGCUCGCCCAUCCAGCCGUUCGGUUUUCGCUCAAGCUUGCGACAGAGGGCAAGGCGUCGGCAGGAGAUAGCAGCGGGCUUUCCAAAACCUCGGUGGCAUCGGUGAUGGAGGCCAUCCAGCAAAUAUACGGCGCAAAUGUGGCCGCGAACCUCCAGUUUCUGCGCACAGAGGUUGCUCUGCCUGCCGUCGCAAGCGAGGAGGAUCUCACGCCUCCAUCGAAUGUAUCAGUGGCGUUUGAAAUGGUCCUCCCAAAACCCUCGGCUGAUCUGAAACACACCACUCGAUCAGUAAAUGAUCGCACCUUUAUCUAUGUCAAUGCGCGCCCGGUCUCGAUCCAUCACAGCUCAACGAUAUCGUCCAUCUAUCAGCUGGCCAAGAAGCAAAUCAUGGAGAUCGACGGACUCGACACUGGAUCGAAAAAGUUCCCGUUCAUAUACAUCAACAUUGUGGCGCCUCCCAAUAUCCUUGAUGUGAACAUCGAGCCCGACAAGACUACCGUCCUCUUUCACCACCCCGAAUCGGUGGUGGCGAGCUUUGAAAAUGCUUUGUCGAGCAUCUACGGUGGCAUCGCAGAUACCGUCGCAGCCCCCCUUCCGCCGGCUGCUCCGGUUACUGCGAUGCCUACUCCGUCGUCAACAUCUGGAAACGCAGUAGCAGCAACGCGUCCAUUGGCGUCUGCAGGGCCCCGGAGAAGUCUGCUGAAUGCGGACGAUGACAGUGAUGUUGCAAGCAACGAUGACGACACUGAACGAGGCACUCGGCCAGAGAAGCGGCUGAAAUCCAAAUCAGUUGCGUUUGCUUUGGGUCCGGGCAUGCCGAUGAGCACCCCAAGCACCAUCCCGCGCAGUCACAGCAACGACCGCGCCGCAGUAGAAUCGGGAGCCAUUGGCUCGGGGACACCCGGCUCGAAUGCAUCGGGAUCACUAUCAAUGGACGGAAGCCUGGCGUCACCCGAGCGGACUGCAAAGAAGCUGACGCCUGCAGAGUUCAUGUCGCUCCUCACAACGCCCGAGACCAAGUCGCAAAAGACGAAGCGGUUGAAUCAGUUUGUGGAGAACCUGAGCCGUCGAAGCCCGUCCUCGCCUUCAGCACGACCAACCAAACGAAGCGAAGGCAAUUAUGCGCGUCCACGACAGCAUUCGCAGGAUCGAGCCCCAUCGAUGCCUCUCAUGCCUCUCAAAGAAGCUCCCAACAGCAUCAAGGUCUCCUCCAAACACAUCACCAAGAUACCCGAAAACGACCUGGAUUACCAAUCGAUUGUGAGCGAGGAGGCGGAGGCGCGAGUCGACGAUCUGGCAGUAUGGAAGUCAAAGUACCUCCUGCUCAAAGACCGAGCAAAGCAGCACAAUACCCCAAGCACCCCAGGCACGCCGCGCAGCGAGGUUGUCUCGGCAAAGGUGCUGCAGCAACUCCGGGUUGUGGGCUCUCUGCAACUUCCGCCGGAAUCCCAGCCGGACCCUGCACGAGCGGCUCUCAACCUGGACACGAGCCACUCAGCCGUCUGGGUCGUCAAGCUCGACACCCAACUGCUUGCUGUGAAUGUGCGGAGGCUGCAAGAGCUUCUAGUCUACAUCAGCCUCUCUCGGGAGUUCUUCCUUCCUAUCACGCCCCUCUUGAUCCCGCGGAUCCUGACAGCAAGCAUCAUCGGUGGCCCACAUGUCUAUGGCUGGCUGGUUGACCAUGCAGUCGCAGAGCUGGUCAGCGAGACCGGUAACCGCUCACAGCGCUACAAGGUUACCGACAAGCGUAUUCUUGGCAACGGGUUCGAGCUGUACAUCAAGCGAGAUCAUGUCGGCGAAACCACAGUCGAGCUCACAGGAAUCACCAAACUCAUUCCCGCCUACGACGUACAGGAUCUCCGCCUGCUCCUGACCAACCUCCACAGCCUUCACAGCCGAUCCAAACGUCAGAGCAGCCAACCGGAGCUUCCAAUGGCGAUCGGCGGCUUCUCUGGCAGCCCAUCAGCCUCGCCGCCCACAUCGUCGCCCAGUAGCACCCAACCGACGGGCUCUGCACUGAGUCAGGGAUCGCUCGAAUCUUUCCGGUCGACUCAGGCCAACAAGUUCUUCCGGGACUGCUCCAAGCGUGUGGCCGAGAAGAAGGUGGGCCAGCUCAUGGGCGGCAUGGGCGAUUCCUUCCAUAUUGAAGUCCAGAACGCCAUCCGGCGGUACUUUGGGCUUGUCCCGCCGCUUCGGUCAACGGAGGCGUGGGUCUGCCCGCACGAGAGACUUGCGAUAACGUCCGUGUACCGGUAUCUGCUGUAACUUUGACGGGCCACAGCAGCAGAUCGUGGCGCAAAUGAGACGGAGCACAUGGCAACAAACAAGACUGUAUGCACUUGCGCGGAUCGUCCUGAUGAGC